ACUACAUCAGCAACAACAACGUGCCCGACGCCUUCGCCACCGUCGCCGCCGCCGUCGUCACCGUCAUCAUCAUCGUCGUCGUCGUCGUCGGUUGUAUACAUGCUUACGUCGAUGAUGCUGGUGCUGGUUUUGCGAUUGUAUGUAUAGUAGUAGUACUACUGCGAAACAUGAAGGAAAAAAAAUGAACGCCGAUUUUCGCACUGAGACCUCCGAGAGACUUUGCGACUGUUGAUUCUUUUUAGCGUGCUGCCUGCCAGUAAGCGCACAGUUUUCCUUCGGCUGUUCGUGGGGUAUAAUCUCGUUCACUCUCGUGUCCCGUGUCUGAUUCUGUGUUGACGCGCGCGACCUUUUUCCCGUGUUUGAACUUUGACGAAUUUUUCGACCGUCGACUGCAAAACGGUGCACUUUUUUUGUUUACUGUGUUGUUUCCCGUAGAAGACAUUCUUUCGAUGAAGUGUGACAAACAUUGAAACAAUUUCCGGUGUGUGUUGAGAAACUGCUCGAAGAACAUACAACAGUGGAAGAAGAUUAUCGGUCGAAAAGAAAGGAUCUUUUAUGCUAUAAAUUGAUAGUGCAGUGGUUGAGAAAACUUCGCGGUAGACGAAAUUUACGCCGGCAACGGAAAAACGGUUCUCCCCCUGUUUAAUUUAUUUUUUUAUUUUCUGAGUUUACGAAAGUAGAAAGAAAAAUGCAGUGAAGAUCGAGGUGCUGUGUGGUGAUGAUUUUUCUCUUCUCCUUGGCUGGUGGAAAACAGUGACGAUCGUCUGCGUCCCGUGAGCAACAAACAAGUGAAGAAAAAUGUUUCCUCAUGUUCCAAGACGUAAACGGUGCCAGCCUGUUCUAAACCUAACCGGCAGUGGCGCUUAGCCGCCGAGGCCAACGAACUUUUGCUGAUAAACAUAACAAAUUGGAUGCCACGCAUCACCGGUACGAGACGGGCUUUUCAUCUUAGCCAAAACACAAAAAUAAUCCCCGCUCCGCCGCUAAGUUGAAACCCCUCGGUGCGUCCUGCCGUACCGACGACGGUUCGGUGCUCGGUAGUAGGCAGAAUUCACGCAACUCGUGUACCAAAGUCCGCCGAGCGAAACACCCGAAACAAUUACACAUGAAUCAGAAAUUACGCCGCCCGACUGAAGUUUGCUUCUCAAUGAAAUCCGUCGGUUGCUAAAAAUAGGCCGCAUUGCGAUUUCUGUGACGCGAAGACGCCGGCUCCGUGCUUAGAAGUAAGAUUUGUUGUUUUUGGCACGCAUUUUCGUUGUUCCAUUCGUUUUCCAGUGAGAGAGAGAGAUAGGGGAAACAGAGAGAGCAGCGGCGGGAUCAUGAAUCAGUGCUGAAAGUCGUGACCAAAACCGAACGGAGACGAAGAUCAAAUGGAACGUAUAUUCCGGCAGUUGGUUGCCGCGUUUUUAAUUCAAUUACCCGGUGGCGGUGCUGAGGUAGCAAGGGCUGUCCUACUACACACAGUGGAUUCCCAAAAUUGGAUCAUAGCAAGCGAAAAUGUUGCCUCCGCACAUUUGGAAAUCUGCGACCUGUGAAAAUGAGCGUUCCAUCGUCAGUCACUACUGGGCUAAAAUUAGACACCGGCAUAAAUUAUGUAAAGUGUGCUGCUCGAAAUAACGCGUCGAUCGCGCCCAUUUAUCGCAUACAAAACCGUCCCGGUACCGUGGACGAACCGUCCGAAUUGUCCAGACGUCCGAUCGGAAGAACUACAAGAAGAAGAAUAACAAACAGUGCUAGCAACAACAACAACAACAAUUGUGCGGGAAGAAUUAGCAUAAGUGGUCGCACUGGUGACGACCUAGCACAACAACAAAAACAGACCGGUAUCGACAAUCCCCAAAGUGGACCUCGCGGACAGCGUCGUCAGGCAAAGUGUGACUGGAUGUGGCCCCGGUGGGUUAGCUCUUUUCCAUCCUUGGUUUCUUCCCUCUUGUUUUUCGUGCCCUCCAAAACGCCACGAUCGGCGACAUCAGUUAGGCUGGAGCAGUCCUCCAGACCAAUCAGUGCAGCAGUAACAGCAGCAAGUGAGUGCUCGGCAAAUGACAAACGUCCCGAGCAGGAAGAAAUUGAAUAUGUGAACCAUCGGUACCAUCGGCGUACCGGUGGCAGUGAGUGUGGAAGUAGUAAUAAGCAAGUGACAACGUGUGAUGAUAAUGGUAGAAAAAUGUGCAGCACCCGGCGCCUCCAUCUCCGUCCGACAGGUCAUCGCCGGCCGUCGUCGCUUCUCGGCGGUGUCAUCAGCGGUAUCGAUGUGAAGCUAAUGCUGGUGAUUAUGGUGCUAAUUGGCGUUAUUGAUUACUCGGAAGGUGGUACCUGUUGGCUACGGCGGAUAGAAAGCACCGGCAAAUGUAACAAACUGUUCACUCGCAACGUGACCCGGGAGAAUUGCUGUCACGCCGGGGCCGGUCUCGGGUUCUCGGAUCGUGACAUCACCGAUGUGCAGAUAUUCUUCGUGAACGCCUUCAACGACGGAAUGGACUGUUCGUCGUGUCUGGCGUACUAUUUUCUAUCACCUACAGAUAGCUGUGAAAAUGCGAAGUGUGGUCCCAACAAACGAUGCGUCAUGAAGAAGGGUCGUCCGAAGUGCAUCUGUGCGCCAAGCUGCAAGGCUCCGAAAAAGGCCAAACAACUGCCCAAGCAGAACAUCAAGGUUAUCAACCUAAGCGUGAAUCAACGAAACCGCAGACAGUAUUCAUCGAGUGGACCGCGAGCUGCCGAGUCCCGAUCGGCACCGUCGAUCCAGUUCAAAAGAGGAUCGAAUAACAAACGUAGCGUUCGGUUAGUAAACGACGACACGACAUCCCACCAAGGAUCAAGGACUGUAAAAACUAGCCUAAGUGAGAAAGCGUUGAGCCAAAGAAGUAGUAACGGUAAGCUAGCUAACCCUAAGCAUAAGGAUAAUUUAUUGGAAUCUGUGACAUUAGUGAGUAGUAUAAAUAGAGGCAACCGGUCGAAAUGGAAUUGCACUACGGUCGGAUCGAUGGGCUGUAUCCGUCCAACCGAACGGAUGGUACUGAUGGCGGACGGUCCCAUACAAACCAAUACGCUUCCGCUAGGCUACACCAAGAAAAUCCGAUCCGAGUCCAGUCCGGUGCUGGUGACGAGUGGUCCUACGGGCACCAACGUGCGACACCGAAAUCGAAAGAAUUCGAUCGUCAACAACAGAACACUUUCGACUCAUGAUCCAUCGCGAUCGCAACAUCACAGCCGAGACUUCGGCAGGCCUCGGUUGCUGCGACUGACACCCGAUAAUGGUAAUGACACUAUUGCACUGGCCGGUAGUAGCAGUAGCAGUAACCCGCGGUUACAUCGACGACGGCCGCCGCACGACGUGGAAGAUUUGUUCUACGUUGGAGAGAUGUCCCACUAUCCCCGCCGGAACCGGAUGCAUGGUGAUGAUUUCGAUCUCGGCAAUGACAUCAUGCAACACACAGGAUUCUACAAUCCCGUGUGUGGAACCGACGGCAAAACGUAUAAAACGGAGUGCCAACUGAAGAAACGGGCCUGUCGACAGGAGAGCACUACAUUGUCGAUGGCUUACAAAGGUCACUGUCAGACUACCUGCCGGCUGGUCCAGUGUCCGAAGGGCAAGUACUGCGUCGAGGAUCAAAACUCCACCCCACACUGUGUGACCUGUAUCCGGGACUGUCCGGCCGAUUCGCGAACGUCCGCGUUCAGCGCCAAAUCGGUGGUGUGCGGCACCGAUGGAAUCACCUACCGGAGUAUUUGCGAGCUGAAGCAGAAGGCCUGCCUGACGGGACGGGCCAUCCCGGUUGCGUACCGGGGCCGUUGCAUCGAAACCGCCACUUGUGAUACCAUCAAAUGCAAGGACCGGCAACACUGUCUGACUGAUCUGAAAACACACAAACCACGCUGCGUGAGCUGCAGCUACAAAUGUCCCCGGAUGAAGCGACUGCACCCGCACCAGGAUCGUGCUCGUCAACUUGGCCCUGCAACCGAUCCGGCCGGUGGUGGACACCCGCGUAACCACUACCACCAACCGCACGUGAAACUGUGCGGCACCAACAACCACACCUAUCACUCCUGGUGUCACAUGCUGAAGGACUCGUGCAACACCGGAUUCUACAUCGACGUGCAGUACAACGGUGUGUGCAGCUUUGAAAAAAGUUUCGCAUCGCCUAGUAUUCUCGCCCAGACGUUCGUCAAGCCGAAACCGUAACGCACCGGAUCGCAGCCAAAAUUCAUAAAUUUAGACAAAUUGAACUCCAUGGUAUGGCAGAUUUUGGCAUAACGCUGUAGGGGAAAAAUGGUUUUCGUUCAUUGACGAGAAACUGAUACCAAAAAAAAAAACAAAACUUGACAGUAGUUGAUGUUAUUUCAAAGAUGUAAAAAGUAGGAUUUUUUCAAUGUCUAUUUUAGGACUAACACAAACACAGUAAGAUAUAUACAUUUAGAGUAGCGUUGAGUGUAAAGUCAAUCGUUGUAAAAAUAUUUCAUCCCACAUCUUUACCUAUAGAAGUGAUUUGUAAAAAUUCGAUCUGAUUGAAACGAAACUAUUUAUAUUUAACUGAUAGAGUCCUUCUAUUUAUAAAAAAACUGAAACCACACACGUAUCCCUACAUAAUAUAUUUAUUGCCUUGUAAAUUGAAGAACACCGCUCUAGUGAUAGUUUUUUUUUUGUUUACUUUGCCUACUAUUUAUUCGGUUUCCCGGGAGACACUAUUUAUUGAUUGUAAGAUUUCCAAUCAAAACCAAAAACUAACUAUUAAUGAAAAGAUGCAAAUCAAUAUAUACAUUUAUCGACGUAAGACGAUCCAAAUUUAGACUACUUCCACACACUACACAUAACUCGAAAAACGAAUGCAAAUGAAACACUCAAUUAAUAAUUCGGUGCUGAUUCUUCGAUCUAAUCAUUAACUUUUUAGCGGGAGAAAAAUCAACACUGCAAAUUCCAAUUGUUGUUCUAGUGUAGUAAAUUAGAGUGGUAGUGGCAGGCAGGAUAAAAAUGAUGGACGGAUGGAGGAUAUAAACUAAACACUAAACGUGGUAUCAUACGAAAAAGAAUAAUAAAAACAUUCUUUUAGACAAAAAAAAAAUCUAGUUCAUUGAGACUCCUGUUGUUCAAAACGUGAAAAAAAUAUCAGUAAAACAAUAGUGGAAAUGGAAUAAAAAUAUCCGCGUUUUUGUUUUCAUUCUCAAGCAAGCGGCUGCAGAACCGACUCAAACCGUGUGGGUAAACGCAUUAGGGAAAAUGGUUUCAAAAACUGAGUAGGCUUGGAGUAAUAAAUGAAUUUUUAUUUGACAUUUGACUGUACAUGAAAUUGUUAGAUUUCUUAUCAUGCCGCUUAGAAUGUACUCGCUUGAUCAUCCUUGACAGUUCACUAGUACUGUUUACAUGAGCUUAGGACGAAAUCAGAGUGCAGGUGACACGCGAAUCGAAGCUAUUCGUUAUGAAGUUUGACUAAUCGCGCAGAGUCACGACAUUCAUAAGAUUCCAACAGCAAAUGGACAUGUUUAUCAGAGUAAAUACGAUACGACAUUUAGAUUUCACAUGAACAUGACAUCACCUCAGAAAAUUCGCUGAAUGAACAUCAUUUGACAUCUGACGGUGGUUUGUUUACAUGUUCAUUCUAAUUUGAAUACGUGUUAACGGAGAUGUAAACAAACCACCGUCAUCUGUCAAACCUGAACUUUAUUCAUCACCAGUUCAUUUGUGAUGUCAUUUUGUUAAACCUAAUAAUCAAGUCAAUGGUCGCUUCACAACGCAUCGUGUUUAAUCUGACAUACAUGUCACUUUGCUUUUGGAAUCAAAUUAACGGUACACGGUAGCGAGACUCCGCGCGAUCUGUCAAGUUUCUCGUCGGAUCUUCUCGCUUUGUGAGCCGCAUUCAUGAUGUUGUUUAAGUUGAAUCGAAUCAUUGCUGGAAACUUUCAAGUUCUGUUGUUACGAUUGAAAUUAGCAACAAUGAUAAAAAUAAACUAACCUCAAAGACGAUAAUGGUCUUACUUUACUAAUUUAGCUUUCAGUCGUGAGAUCAAAACCAAAUCAAAACCAAGGCACAGUUUUAUAAUCAAGAUGCAGAUCACUUCUGUAUUUACCUCACACUAACCUUUUUUGAAAAGAAAAAUUUAACACGAAAAUGACAACUAUUCAUCAUUUUCGCUUUUUAACUACAAAUCAAGUGCUCAUUUCCUUUCUCACACGAUUAUGCCCCCCGUUUAUUCUAUCUUUUCAAAUGUGAAAGUGGAGACAGUGAAAAAACAAGAAAAAUGAAACGGAAAGAUGAACCACGCCGGAAGUAAACAAAAUGAAUGGUCAAGCUUUUUGUCAAUGUUAAUGUUUUUAAUUAUUCCGAUGGUUGAAUCUGUAGCCUAUGAGGUUUUACACAAGCAUGUCAUAACCUCACAAAAUGAGCAGAAUGGGUGUCGUUUGACAGUUUGACAUUGAUUUGUCUGUGCCAAUUUAAACGCGUGUUUUUGAAAAUGCAGUCAUGAUGUCAGAUACGAACUUUAUUCAUCAAAAUUUCAUUCGAGAUGACUCGAAUAUAUAAUAAACUAUAAUACAUGAGGCAUCCUUUAAAAACUUAUUAAAAUUUGUCGCUUUUUCUAUAGGGCAGUACAACUGAAAUAAUUGUUCAAACAUUCAUUUGCUUCAUUACACUUUUUCAUUUCAGAAGAUGCUUUGGCAUCAAUUUCAUGGCUUCUGUCCUAAAGUACAAUUUCAUUGCAAAAUUGCUGCAAAAAAAUCAGAACGAUUUGGUUUCCGUUAAGGGCUGAGGCCAGUGUGUUUUAGGGUGUAUUAAAGGCUAUUUUCACGCUUCAAAUCUGAUUUUCUCAGAAACGGUGAUGAAUAUCAAAACACCCAAAUGACAAUCUCUUAGAAAAUUAGUUUAGAUUAUUCUGUGAAAAUUUCAGAAUGAUUCAUUGACUUUAGCGGUCGGGAAAGUAUUUUUUCUGAAGGAAGAAUUUCAUAGCUGAAAACGCCGUCUUUCAACUUGUUUUCUGAAUAUCUCGCCCUCAAAAGCAUGGAUCGAAAAUCUAUCCUGACAAUGUCGGGAUAAUUUAAUUUUGAUGCGAUAAGUGCAUAAAAACAUAUAUGUUGUCGGAUAAAAAUGAAGUGAAUGUUAUUUUUGUGAACGUAAGUCGAUUUCUAUGUCGGCGCCAUUUUAGAUCCCUGGUAACGUAACGAAACAUGAGAGAGAGAAAUAAAAUCGGCUCAAAAAGGCUGCCGAACAAGCGGUAGCUUUAUUGGAUUUUAUUUGAUGUAGUCAAACUUGUAACCUAAAAUAUCAAAACUUUCUUGGCCACCUGGCCACAUCGAGAGUCAUUUUGCACAUUUGCGAGAGAGUAUGGAGAGAAAUGUAAUACGCACAGCGAUCCACGUGGUUUUACGCGACCUACUGGCUGUGCCGAUUUUAUGCCUCUCUCAUGUUUCUUUACGUUACCAGGUAACAAGAGCAGAAAAAAUUGUGCCGCUAUAUAAAUCGACUUACCUUCACAAAAAUAACAUUACACUACAUCUUUAUCUCGACAGCAUAUAUGUUUUUAUGCACUAAUCGUAUCUGAAUCAAAUUAUCUAGACAUUGUCAGGAUAGAUUUUUUAUCCAUGCUUUUGAGGGCGAGAUAUUCAGAAAACAAGUUGAAAGACGGCGUUUUCAGCUAUGAAAUUCUUCCUUCAGAAAAAAUACUUUCCCGACCGCUUUUGAAGGCGAGAUAUUCAAUAAACAAGAUGAAAAACGGCGUUUCCAGCUAUGCAAUUCUUGCAUUAGAAAAAAGACUUUCCCGACCUCUAAAGUCGAUGAAUCAUUCUGAAAUUUCCACAGAAUAAUCUAAACUAAUUUUUUAAGAGAUUGUCAUUUCGAUUUUUUGAUAUUCGUCAAUGUUUCUGAGAAAAUCAUAUUUGAAGCGUGAAAAUAACCCUCUAAAACGCUCUAAAACACACUGGCCUCAGCCUUUAAAGGGCAAUUUACAAUCUUAGAAAACAGCCAUUGUCGCAAAACACAAAAACAAUUUUCUUCAAGAUUCUUAAGUGGAAAUCCAAAUGAGAAAUAUUAGUCGGCUUUUGCGUUUUUCAACAAUUUAAACAAUAUAUUCGGUGACAGAUACAACGAUAUUGCUUGUUGCUUUAUCUAUUUAACAUGUCUCGAUAAAAAAGCAAUACAAAAUACACAUAUAAAGUUCAUACGUGUCUCGAUAAAAAAGCAAUACAAAAUACACAUAUAAAGUUCAUAUUUCAAAAUUAUUUUUCUCAAUGUUCUCGUGCAGUACAAUCUUGGCAUGUUAGAUCCGAGCACGGUUUAGCGGUUCCCAAAGGCUUGACUUGAGUUAACUGAUUUUAACUAAAGCGGAAGUGAAAAAACAAUCGUAAAUAAUAAUAAUAAUAAUAAUAUUACACAUACCUGCAUGUAGUGCGAAGAACGCAAUUUAAAAGCAAACUUCUAGGAUGUAAAAUUUACAUUUCAAUAGUAAAAUUCUAUUUACUACUUAAACAAAAUAUGAUGAGACUUAAUUAGGACAAAGUAGUUGACAAAUGUUAAAAGAAAACAAAAAAAAACAAGAAAACACAAUCAUCAUCGUAAGCAAAAGUACACUUCUACCUAUACACAAAAUACACUCACACCCACUGAAACGUACGGCACACUCUGUUACUCUAUGGUUCUCAACAAAACAAAGCUUCUUUAAAUGUUUGCAUCAGCAAUAAUAAGGGAAAAAUUAACAGAAUAGUAGAAUCAACGUCCGAGCAAAUUUAAGCAUAGAAAACAAAAAUGUACACAAACCACAUCAUUUGGAACGGCAAUAGUCGGAACCUGCGUCGAGUCCGGUACCAAGACGGUAUUACCUGUAGGUGGGUUUGUGAAAAUAUGAUACAACGGAAAAUGUACCCACAGCCAGCAGCAAAAUGGAUGACGGAAUAGUAAAGAAAUAAAUGUUUAUUAAUGUUGAUAAAAAGACUAA